AUGCCCUUGCGACUCUUAACAAGAGCAAGGGCCGACCGACUGUUCUACCUCCUGAUCGUCGGCCAUCAUCACUCGACUGCCAUCAUUCAUCGCCGGAGGUGCUUCUUGUGUUUGUGGUCAUUGUGGUCGCAGGAUUCUACCGAGCCUCUUCCCCAUCGGUUGAUUGUUGACGCUGGGCCCUGGUUCUUUUCUCCACUGCCGGCUUCUUCUUCCAUUAGCCACCGACAGAGAGGGAACGAGGGGCACUGGUUAGGAGAGGCAGAUUUGACAGUAACUUCUAGUUCCGGUCAUUAUAUCACCAAGGCACGCGUCUCCGACAGUGACUCAACAGUCGGGCAUACGCAAUUGGGUGAGUUUUGGAUUAAGGAGCUUGACGCGAGACGUGUUUCUCAAUUAUUGGAUUUGGACCACUUUAUUGGAGGUUGAGGCUGUCCGGAGCAGUUCCAGUCGCUGGCCCCCCCAUCUGCACGUAGA